UGUUUCCAUAUUAUAUACAUUAUAUUUACAUAUAUAUGUAGACAGUUCAUAUAUAUGAGAUGGAAGGAACUGGCGUGAUCAUCAGAUCAGAGAUCGAUAUAAUGAUGUCAUCCCUGUGUUUCUUCUCGUCCUCGUCGAUCCUUUCUGUGUUUCUUAUUUAGCCCUGCCUCUUCCCCUUUCCGGUUUCCCAUUCCCCCUCCAAACCUAACCCUUUCCUUCACUUCCUUGGGAUCUGAUCAUCUUUUCUUUCUUUCUGCACGGCCUUUUCUUUUGGGCUCAGUUCACUUCAUUUCCCAAGGGAGGGAGAGAGAGAGGGAGAGAGAGAGAGCUCUCUUUUUCUUUCCCCAACAUUCUUUCUUUGGCUCCUUCUUUUGUCUGGUUCAGUGCCGGCUUAAAAGGUCGCAGAACUAAAAGCGCCCAAAAGACUCUUUUUUCGAUUCAUUGACACCAGAUCUGAGCAACUGGUGAGACCUGGAUAGAGACUGUCUGCUACUGUGGAAAACUAUCAAAGGUGUCUAAACAGACUUGGGAAAAUAUGAAUACUUUUUCGCAUGUUCCUCCAGGCUUUAGAUUCCAUCCUACAGAUGAAGAACUGGUCGAUUACUACCUUAGGAAGAAAGUUGCCUCAAGAAGGAUUGACCUGGAUGUCAUCAAAGAUGUAGAUCUUUACAAGAUUGAGCCAUGGGAUCUUCAAGAACUAUGCAAAAUUGGGACUGAGGAGCAGAAUGAUUGGUAUUUCUUUAGCCAUAAAGACAAGAAAUAUCCAACUGGAACUCGCACCAACAGAGCUACAAAAGCAGGAUUUUGGAAGGCUACAGGAAGAGACAAGGCUAUUUACUCCAAGCAUAGUUUAAUUGGCAUGAGAAAGACUUUGGUGUUCUAUAAAGGUCGAGCCCCGAAUGGACAAAAGUCCGACUGGAUAAUGCACGAGUAUAGGCUAGAAACCAAUGAAAAUGGGACGACUCAGGAAGAAGGAUGGGUUGUCUGUAGGGUGUUCAAGAAGCGACUGACCACAGUGCGCAAAAUGGAUGAACAUGGAUCGCCAUAUUGGUACGAUGAUCACGUCUCAUUCAUGCCGGAUUUUGAUUCACCCAGACAGAUAUCUCAGCCCUAUACUCCAUACCAUCAUCGUUAUUCCUGCAAGCAAGAGCUUCAAUUGCAGUACAAUGUGCCUCAAGACCCCUUCCUCCAGCUCCCUCAAUUGGAAAGUCCCAAAGUUGCACAGUCCACUGAAACCUAUAACUCUCUAGCACCCUACGGUAUUGAUAGGACUGUAAGUGGAAGCAAUUGGCAGUCCUCAACACUUGCACCAGAAGAAACGUUACAGAACGACAAUCAACAAAAUUCCAACUUGGUUUACAGCAACAAUGAGCACGCAGCAGAUCAGGUGACUGAUUGGCGAGUCCUUGACAAACUUGUCGCGUCUCAACUCAGCCAAGAAGAUGCAUCUAAGGAGAACAGCUACGCGGUCGCGGACUCGGCUUCGUUUCAAGUGGCUGAACAUAUUGACAUGCUGCUCAGUGACUCCAAGAAGCAAGAUAUGGAUUCAGAAUAUGCAUCACUAUCCAACCCCACGUGCCCAAUUGAUCUGUGGAAGUGAAAGCAUAUAUAUCUUAUAAUAACUAGGCAUAUAUAUAUAUAUAUCUUAUUAAUAGCAAACUAUAUAUGAUAUCUAAAAGAAAACAAUCCUAAGUUCCAGUUGCUGUAAAUAAUAAAACUAAAUUAAACCUGGUAAUGAUUUGGCUGGUGCAUAUCUGUUACGUACCGUUGUACUGAUAAAUAUUAGGCAGCUACUAAUUAAACCAGAGAUCCAUUUUGCAAGGAACUUAACUAUAUUUAGGUGGAAUUUAUAUCUUACCGCCAUGGGAUUGACUAAGCAACUGUUGAUGUA